AUGGGGGGUAGGAGGAGGAGGAAGAAAGGAGAGGAAGAGAGGAGGAGGAUGGGUAGGAGGAGAAGGAAGAAAGGGAGGAGGAAGAGAGGAGGAGGAUGGGUAGGAGGAGAAGGAAGAAAGGGAGGAGGAAGAGAGGAGGAGAGAAAGAGGAGGAGGGAAAGAGGAAGAGAGUUAGGAGAAGGAGAGAGGGGGAGGAGAAAGGGAGGAGAAAGGGUAAGGAAAGGAGGAAGAAAAGGAAGGCAAAAGGAGAAGGAAGUGGGUAGGAGAGAAAAGGAGGACGGGAGGAGGAGGUAUAGGAAGAGUGAGGAGGAGGAGGAGCAGGAGAAGAGGAGGAGGGAAAGGAUGAGGAAGAAAAGGAGGGGGGAAAAGGAGGCAAGAGGAAAGAAAGAGGAGGAAGAAAGGAGAGAGGAGUAG